GAUCAUUUCCUUUGUGUUUCCUGAGCGCCUGGGUGGGCAAGAGUCCCGCCUGUCCUGGGUUCGUUCUUUCAUUAUUAUUUUUAUCUCCCUGUUGAGGUGAAUAUUAACGGGAUAUCAUACGAAAUCGCGUAGUCGUGGGAAAUAUUUCGCUGAUAAAUGGAGUCCAGUGAUACAGAAAGGGAUGGAGGCUCCCCAGACAAUUUGUCACCUGAUGUAGGAAAGCGAAUGGAGCAUUGUGAUCCUGCAAAAUCUCCUAAGACAUUAAAACAUUAUUCCAGAUCUCGAUCUCGUUCGAAGGAGAGGAAACAUGACUCAAGAAAACACAGAAGUCGAAGCAGAAGCAAAGAGGGAAGAAGACAUGAGCUCAAAGAGAAGUCAUCUAAGAAACAUAGAUCUGAUGAAAACGACAAAGAUUAUACUGAUAAGAUGAGAGAGAGGCUUAGUUCAUCUGAAAAUGGAGAUGAAAGGCACCGACGUAAAGAGAGGAAGUCAUCAAAGGGCAGAAGUCAUUCAAGGUCCAGAUCACGUGAGAGACGUCAUCGUAGUAAAAGCCGCGACAGAAGAAAGUCCCGAUCAAGAAGUAGGGAGAGAAAAAGACGUCCACGUUCUCGAUCAAGAUCCAAGCAUAGGCAUAGAAGCAGGAGCAGAAGUCGGGAUAAGAAAAAGAGGAUAGAAAAGCCUCGAAGACACAGUAGGAGUGGAAGUCGAACACCACCAAGUCCUCCAGCUUUUCGAGGUCGAAAUACAGCUAUGGAUGCACAAGAGGCCUUAGCGAGAAGGUUGGAAAGGGCAAAAAAGUUACAGGAACAGCGUGAAAAAGAAAUGGUUGACAAACAGAAGCAACAAGAAAUAGUAGCAGCAGGAGGUGGAUCUGUCAUCAAUGUAGCAGCUCUUUUGGCUUCAGGAACACAAGUAACUCCUCAAAUUGCUAUGGCGGCACAGAUGGCUGCUCUCCAGGCAAAGGCAUUAGCAGAAACUGGUAUUUCUGUUCCCAGCUAUUAUAAUCCAGCAGCUGUAAACCCAAUGAGAUUUGCAGAGCAGGAGAAAAAACGGAAAAUGCUUUGGCAAGGCAAAAAGGAAGGGGUCAAAAACCAAAAAUCUCAGUCAGCAGAAAUUUGGGAAAAACUAAAUUUUGGAAACAAGGACCAAAAUGUAAAAUUUCGUAAGCUUAUGGGCAUCAAGAAUGAAGAAGAGGCUGGGACUAGUUCAGGUGAUCCUGAAAGCUUCAAGACUUUAAAGCAACAAGAAGAAGUUUUUAGAAACCUGGAUGCUCAGUAUGAAAUGGCAAGAUCGCAGACUCACACCCAAAGAGGGGUUGGCUUGGGAUUUUCAUCAAUGCGAGGAAUGGAUACAGUCUGAGGAAUAUUUGGAUUUUAAAAUCUUUACAGUUUGGACUUAAAUUCAUUAUGUUGUAACCAAAAAGCUAGCAUUCUAGCUUGCAUGGAUGUUGCAUUGACUUUAACUUAUUAAAGAACACUUUGUAAAUAUUUCAGUUAUGCUGGUGUUAGUGAUACCUGAUUAUGUCCAUUUUUAUUUAGUAAAAUGUGUAUAGGAAACUGUUUUUAGUUUAAAUGUUUCUACUUUUCAGCUGUAUAAAAAUUGAUAAAGGCAUAUUUAUGGGUUGUGCCCUGUCUUCUAAUGAAAUAGAUGAAAUACCAUCUUCAAAUGUAAACCUAUUGUGAACUGUUGCUUUAGUCUGUCAAAUGGCAUAUAACACAGAACAGAAAUGGAUAUCAAUAAAGAUAUUUAUUCUGUUUAAUAAUGUGUUUUAGAGAAGUUUGUCGACAGAGUUUUUUUUUUCCUUUGUCGGUUAUUUGAAAAUGUCAGUUUACAUUUCUACUAUACUAGUCCCUGCAUUCUUGAAAAAAAAAAAGUACUUUUUCAUGUAACCUAUUUUGGGGUGUUUUGUUUUUUAAAAGAAAAUUUACUAGCCCUUUUAGGUUGGUUUGCUUUGUUUCAAGGUUGUACAUCAUGGGUUGGCCAUGUUCCAUUAUAUUUGUAUAUUUUAAUUGUCCAUGCAUUUUGUUAUAAGUUGUUAGAAUGUUUUUGUUUCUUUUUUGUUUUUCAAUGGACGACUAGAGCAGAGGAACAUAUAGAAUAAACCUUGUAAAUGCUUCUUA